GCCCGCAGGUCCACGAGUCACCUCCGAGCUUUCAAAUGCGACCUCCGCGUCCACCUGGCGCCGCGUCACGGAUUACCUGCAGGCGCUUCGCUGCGGCCACCGCGACUUUUGCGCUUUGGGAUUUUACGCACAAAACGGAUCUUUAAAACCGGCGCUGCUGUUAGAACAAAACGGAUGUCAGUGUGGUGGUUAGAGAUGGGAGAGGGUCUGGGGCCGCUCUCCCCUGUAGGAUGGUAGCCGACAGCACAGUGGAAGGCCUCGACAAGACCCGCUUGUCAAGCUCAUCCUCGUCGUCAUCAUCCUCAUCCUCAUCCUCAUCCUCCUCCUUGUCCUCAUCCUCCUCCUUGUCCUCCUCGUCAUCGCUGGCCGGGCACGAGCUCGCUGUCAGCCCUCACCGCACAGAGUCGGAGCAGCUUCAGCGCCGGGACGCCGCUCCGGGUCGCAACCCGAGGUCAGCGCCCGUCGCCUCCGUGUAUCUGACCCACUUCCCCACCUUCUCCUGCCAGGAGGACUGCAACAUCAUCACAGACACUGCGUCCAAGCUCGAGCGCAGCAGCUUCUACUGGGGGCCCCUGGGAGUGGAGGACGCCCACCGCAUGCUGCGGGACGCUCCGCUGGGAAGCUUCCUCAUCCGCGACAGCCGGCAGAAGGACGUCUUCUUCACGCUGUCCUACCACGCCAAGAGCGGGCCGGUCAGCGUGCGCAUCAGCUACAGUCGGAGGAAGUUCUCACUGGCGGGCAACGAGCGCACCUUCCCAUCGCUCUUCGCCCUCUUGGAGUAUUACAUCAACUCUCCCAAGAAGAGCCUGAGUGUCCCCUACAGGAAAUGGCAGCCGACGCUGCAGGAGCUGUGCAGGAAGCGCAUCAUGGAGCAGUGUGGUGGGGAAAGCCGGGUCCCAGAGCUGCCCCUCACACAUGUUGCCCAGGACUUCCUCUUGGAAUUCCCUUACAAACUAUAACAAGCUUGCCUUACAAAGUUUCAGGAAGGCGGCGUUUGGUCAAGGCCGGCCGCCAAGCGUUGGACGUUAAGGCCGCAACGCCGUGGUCGCCGCUCCGAGCAGCUCCCCGCCUUGAGCUGAAAAGCUGCAGAAUGUUUCACAA